GCCAACAAGUAUAAUUUUCCUUUAUCUAUAAAAUGAGCCUAAUAUUGGAUAUUUAAAAAUUAGUUUUUCAUGUUGUAGGUUAAUUCUUCAUUCCAUGCCAAAUUUAUGAAAAUUAAAUAUUAGCACUCAUAAUUAUAUUGUUUUUUAAAAAUUCUACUUUGCUUAAAUUAUGAAAAAGAUUAAUUUAUAAUUAUAUUUAAUUUACAUGAAUAACUUAAUGUAUAUAACUUUGAUCAUAAUAUGAAAUGAGGUUCAAUUAUUGACAUGGGGACCACAAAAUAAUGAAAAGUUGAAUGGAGAGCUCUUUAAAGGGUUUUAUUGUUGUUGGGUGUUUUUAGACAUGGCUCUUGAGAGUAGCUUGAAGAUAGAGAAUAGGAGAGAGAGUGUGGAGAGCUAGUUGGAGAGACACCAACCAUGUACAUGCUCUUAGUAACAUCAGACAGAUUAUUAGCUACGAAAAUUAAAAAAAAUACACGUGAAGAAUACUAUUGGUCGAGAGUCUCGACUCUCGACACUAUCUGAGCUUCCAUUUAUCCAUUCCCAGCCUAUAAAUAACCAAGUUCGGGAAAUCUAAUUGCAGUCUGCAGAGCAACUUCACCAAUCACCAAAAUCACUCAAAUAAGAGAGGCUUCGAAGUUUUUAUUUUUUCACUACAAAGUCGCAGAUAUCGGCACGGAUAUGGAUCCAUCUGCUAGUUUGCAAGGCCAUACUGAUAACGGAGAAGCUGUUCCCCUUGCAAACUAUCACCCAGAUAUCUGGAGCGACGUUUUUUCCGAUUACACUCCCCUUGAUCAGGCAACUCAAAACAAAAAGGAGGAAGAGGUCAUCGUACUAAUAGAGGAGGUUCGGAAAGAGCUGUUAACAAUCGUUAAGGACCCAAAAGAAAGACUUCUCUUAGUUGAUGCAAUUCAAAGACUUGGGGUGGCAUACUACUUUGAAGAAGAAAUCGAAGCCAAUUUAAAAGAAUUUUACAAGACAUUGAUUGGUGAUAGUUACAAACAUGAUCUCCACUUUACUUCUCUACGAUUUCGUCUCUUAAGGCAACAUGGAUUUUAUGAAUCAUGCGAUGUUUUCGUCAAAUAUAAGGAUGAGAAUGGAAGUUUCAAGGACUGCUUAACAAGUAAUGUGCAUGGGAUUUUAAGCUUAUACGAAGCCUCCCAUCUCAGAUUACGUGGAGAGAGUGUACUAGAUGAUGCCUUUGCUUUCAGCAUGACACAUUUAUCAUCCUUGGCUCCAACAUUAAGGUCUCCCAUGGCUGAACAAAUAGCUAAUGCGUUGAAGCGACCCCUCUACAAAUGUACCACGAGGCUAGAAGCCAAAUAUCAGCAAAUCUCCCUGUCGGAAUCAAAUGGCUCACAUUUCCAAGCUUUGCUAAAACUUGCUAAAUCAGAUUUCAACUUACUUCAACUACUACACAAGAAGGAGCUGAGCGACAUCAUUAGGUGGUCGAGACGCUUGGAUUUCAAAGGAAAAUUCUCGUUUGCGAGGGACAGAGUUGCGGAGCCCUACAUUUGGUCGUUGGGAAUAUAUUAUGAACCUAAAUAUUCAUUUGCUCGAAUGAUAGUCAACAAAGUCUUCAAGUUGAUUACUGUAGUAGAUGACAUGUAUGAUGCAUAUGGUACAAUCGAUGAGCUGGAAGCUUUUACUGAAGCAAUUCUCAGGUGGGACGAAAGUUGUAUGAAUGAGCUCCCAGAUUACAUGAAGUUGCUUUACCAGAUCAUACUUGACACAUUUCAAGAGUUUCAACAAGAUUUGGCUAAUGAAGGAAGGUCAUAUGCUGUUUUCUACCUCCAAAACGAAUUACUAGUUUCAUGCCAAGCCUACCUACAAGAAGCUAGAUGGUGUCAUGAAAAGUAUGUCCCAACAUAUGACGAGUACAUGAAGAAUGCAACUAUAAGCUCGGUCUACUGUUUUAUGCUCAUGGCAACUUACCAGGGCAUGGGCGAAAUCGCAAGUAAGGAUGCCAUUGAAUGGAUCCUCAAGAAUUCGAAGGCUAUUAAAGCAUCAUGUAUACAUGGUAGGCUUUUGGAUGACAUGGCUGGACAUAAGUUUGAGCAAAAGAGAGAACAUGUUAGUUCGGCUGUCGAAUGCUAUAUGGCAAACUUUAGUGUCUCAGAGGAAGAAGCCUAUGAAGAGCUUCUGCAACAAGUAGAAGAAGCAUGGAAGGAUCUGAAAGCAGAAAUAUUUAGGUCAACUGCUGUUCCAAUGCCCUUGCUGAUGCAAAUACUUAACAUGUCAAGGGCAUUGUACGAUGUGUAUCACAUCGGUGCAGAUGGCUUCACUGUGAGUGAAUGCAUGAAAGAGAAAAUCGAAGCACUUCUUAUAGAUACUGCUAUAUAAGAGUAUUUGUAACGUUACAAAUUUCCUCAUUUAAAUUUCAGCUUUAUCAAAUGACUACUAAUAAAAUGUAAUAUACGAAAAACAAUUGAUGUUGAAGUAUUGGUUGGGAGGUUGGAACUUA